AUGGCGCCUGCGGCGGUUUCGACUGGGGAGGAAAGCCCUCCGGCGGCAGGGGGAGAUACCUCUGCGACAUCUGUUCUUCCAGAGUCGCGUGAGAACCUUUCGAACCAAGACGCGAGCUCUUCUCUCCUUCCCGCCUCCCCUGCUGUCUCCUCUGCCGACUCCUCCCCCCCCUCUCCGGCCCCGGUCCCUGCUGAAGUCUCCGUUCCUCAGCAGCCGAUGCGUUCCUCCGAAGAGAGACCUUCUGGGAGUCUCGCACAUGCUUCGCCUCCCGAUGCUGUCUCUUCUCUCGCUUCUUCCUCUCCUCUCCCUCUCUCCAGUUCGCCCUCCACAAAUCCGCAGGUGUCUUCGCUGCCCUCGAGUUCUCCCCUCGAUCAGGCCGCCUCGCCUGCUGACUCUCAAACUUCCGUCCAUCCGCAUUUUCUGCCCGAGACGUCCUUCUCGUUGGGCGGAUCUGAGGCCAGCGGGAUCAGCGAACCUGCAGAGAAGGCCAACGUCACGCUCCACGUUGGAAACAGGACAGGACCGUCUCGCUCCCCACUUGCGUCGUCCUUGCCUUCUCUCGGCUCUCCUCCCCCUUCCCCUUCUCCUGUUUCUCCAGCUCCCCCUUCUGCUCCUCCUCCUGCUUUUUCUCCUCCGUCUUCGUUUCCUCUUCGUCGAUUGACGAAGAGAGGAGAGGCUGUGAAGGCGUGGGUCCAUGUCUGGGCCCAGUUGGGAGAAAUUGCGAUGUUUUCGAAGGAGAUCGAACGAGCGAAAAGACAAGCAGUGGAGUCGAGGAAGAGGCUCGCAAGCGACACGAAAAAUUUGCCGGGAGUUCUGCACGGUCUCGAGACGGACGCGGCGGCGGCGCUGUCGUCGGCGGCUGCGGCGCAGCAGGCAGCGUUGGUGGACGAAGAGCAUCAAAAUUUGAUUUUUUCGCGUCUGCAAAAGGCCGAAGCGUUGCUUCGGGAAGAAAGCAAGAGACGCGAAGAAGUUGAGGAGGAAAACUGUCGUCUGCAAGAAGCCUUUGGCCGCCAGAGCGCGCAAAUCCGCGAAGAACUCGAGGAGGAAAACUGUCUGCUGAGGCAACAAAUCCUCGACUUGGAGGAAGAAUUCAAGACGCUCACCAACCAAGCCGUCACGGUGCGGAGACUGGAAGAAGAACAGGAGCAACAGAAACGCUCGUUCGAACAGAGACUCCUGCUGGCCGUCCAAGAAAAAGAAAAGAGCCUCCGCGCUCAAAUUGGAGCGAAAGACGAGGAGCAAGCGCGCCUGGUGUCCUUUCUGAAGCAGACGGCGCAGAACUUGGAGGAACGAAACCUGAUGCUGGAAAGCAGACUCGCCGAAGGCCAGCAGCAACUCCUGCAACUUAAGACGGACUCCGAGAAGCGGUGUGCGGCGUUGGCGGCGGAGGUGACGCUGUUGAAUGCGCAGCUGGAGCAAGUGCAGAGAGAGGAGCGAACUGUGCCUUUCCCGGCGAGCACGGCGACUCAGCAGAGCGCGACACAGCUGCGUGCCUUGGAAGUUGCUCAGCAGCGGAUUACGGCACUUCAGCAGGAAGAACGGCGGCUCCUCGAUCAACUGGACAAGGCGGAGAAAGAAAAAGAGCAACGCGAGAGCGUCUGGAAAGCCGAGCGGGAGAGAGAGGCGCAAGCGCAAGCGCAGGAAGUCGCGGAGCUCCAGAGGGCCCUCAGGGAGAGGCCCACAGAGGAAGAAGUGCUGUUGCUGCGAGGCCGUGUCCAUGAGCUAGAAUCCCGACCUGGGGGGGACCGACCUCUCGCGCGCUCGCACGACGCAGGACAGGCGCUGGCCGAGGCGCGCCUGCUCCGGCGCAUUGAGGAACUCGAGACUCUGAUGCGGAAGCGCGAGGCGGAACACCAAGACCGAGAAGACGAGUUGAAGCGGCGCGUCGAAGACGAGCGAAAGCAACACAGAGAUGUCGUGCGCGCUCUGCAGGGACAGGUGGAAGCGGAGACGGAGCGCAGCUCGGAGGGACUGGGGGAAAAUGGCCCAAGCGCCGAGGAGCCUGGGGCGCAAGGCAGCCACGUUCUCCUCGGGCUCCAGAGCCUCUCCCGUGAGAAGGAAGAGGACCGCACCGCCGAGAACGGAGAGAAAGAAGAGCGAAAGUUGCCGUCGAUGCUGCAAGUUGUGUUGAAACAGAGAGAACAGAGUCGAGCUCGCGUCGCAGCUCUGGAAGAGGAGCUGGAAGCAGCGAAGGCGCAGCUGGUGCUUCAACAGCAGGAGUUGUAUCGCUUCAAAUCGGAGGCUGCAGAGACGCGCCUUCUGUCCCAGCCUAGAGAGGCGUGUGCGCCGCAGACGCGCAUGCAGGCCAUCCCGCACUCUUCCUUCUUUCCGGCUGCGCCGUGUCUGGGGUCGUCUCCUUCCGCUGCUGCGCCGGGGGCGUUAGUGCCGGCGAGCGCGAUUGAAGAGGAGCGAAGCCGAGUCAAAGGCGAGAGAGGGACAGGCGCCUCGAGAAAGAGACGGCCUGGCAGAAGGGAAGAGAGGCAAGGUUUUGUCGCGGGCCUUCUCGCCGUGGCGCAUGGCGUAGCUCAAGCGACUUCGCAGACUGCAGCCAGCGUGUGGGGCGACAAGGGUCGCGCGGAGAGGAGAGGCAAGUCCCGCGCUUCCUUGUCCGGGAAGCCCGACGCCUGGGCGAAAGGCUUUGUGCCUGAGAACGACGAGGAAGCAGGCCUCGGGGGGGGACUGUCUUCGGAAGAAGUGAGCCGAAGUGACUGGGGAACGGCCUCUGGGUCCUCUUCGGACGAGGAGAACAUUGAGGCGGGCGCCAGUCGAGAGGGAGACUGGCGUGGCCUCGCAGCAGCCGGCCCGCGACGCAGAGAGGAAGGACGGAGAAAGCACAGGGCAGACGCCGAGCGUUCCUCGUCCUCAUCGCUUGCUCGUCUGCCGGCGGUCUGUGCCGCCGAUCGUCGCUUCGCCUCGUUGAAGGGAGGUGAAGAAAAGGCGUUCUUGAGUCGCCUGCAGAAUCUGAGUGGAGCGGAGAGAAUUGUGGUGAUAUGGGGCCGGCUGUUGCUCUCGCGUCGAGCUACGCGGCUGUUUGCGCUGUUCUACUUCCUUCUCCUCCACUUCCUCGUGUUUCUCGUGCUCUUCUACCAUGCCGAUCUGCAAAGUCGAGGGCAUGCAGACCAGGCCGGCUCGCAGCAGCCGCGUUACCACUACUAUCUGAAUGAAUAG